AUGAGAUGCCAACACUUCUUGACCUUAAUAUCGAUAUUUGCCACCUUAGUUUAUGGACAAUUACCCGUCGAUAACUUCUUCUCCUGUUAUUUAUCUGGCGACUCAAGUGGUCGUUCCAGUUGGUGUGGGAACAAUAAUCCAUCAGAUGAGGCUACAUGGAGAAAUCCAGCAGCUGUCCAAGAGGGUAUUAAAAAUGCCAUAGAUUAUCACAACAAAUUGGUUUGGGACCCUUACACCUACAGAGGAAACCCACCAUUACCACCAAGUGGGAAUGCACCAGUACUUGUAGUGAACCCUCCACCACCAACUCCUGGACCACUGCCAGUUCUGACGCCACAAGGGUUUGUACAACCUGGAGGUCCAGCUCCAGCAGCACCAUUUGGAAAUGGUCUUUCAGGUCUUCCAAACCUGCAAACUUAUCCCGGCCAAUCACAGCAGCAAAUUUACUCCCCUCAAGUUACUACACAACAACAAUUUUAUUCUAGCCAGACAGUCGCUCAACCACAACAACAGCAACAAACGAUGCAGCUCCAAGUUCCGGCAGCUACUAUCACGUCACCCAGUGAUCUAAACACAGCACUGCCUGUACAAACAGCAUCUGAACCUCAGUUAACGGAUACACCGCCUUUUUCCAGCGGCGUGAUCACGCAGCAGGCUCUAGAUUCGGCUUUACAGUUGCCAUCUACCAACGCGACGUUCCUUAUAGAUGGUAAAGCUUCGCCAAAAGAUGUCAACUAUGGAGUUAAGUUCAAGAAAUAUGACAUUUCAACAGUUGACACCAAUGUAGCGAUACCAGAAAACCUAAACACAGAUCCAGACUCAAUUGUGCUUAGUGCCUUACCUAUAAAGAAUGGUGCAGUAAGUAUGGCGCAGGCCGCACAUGGCAUGUUACAGCCAAUGUCUUCAUCUUCUUCAACGCCUAGAAACUCUGGUCAAACACAUCUUCAAGAAGUGAUGGUCCAACCGAAUUCUUUCGAUCAGAUGACCCCGAAUCCGGAACUAGACGAACUUAGAAAUGCUGAAGAAAUUUUGGCAACGUCAAAAGACUUAAAUUCACAAAGUAAUCCAGUAACUGUUCAAACUGGAAUGAUAAAUGUAGUCAGCAAAAAGCCAAUAUCUAUUGGUCCGCAAAACAAACGUCUCUUUUCAGGGUUCCAUAUUGUAAGAGGAGCUGACGGAUUAAAUUACGCAAGAAGGACGAGGAUACCGCUGAAAAUACGGAAAGUCAAUCCCAGCAGCGAGGAUACAAGUAAUUCACACAACGCUUAG